AUGGAUCAAAUCUCGGGUCUUCUGAAAGAGUUCGGUGUUGGUGGAAGCCACAAAGGCAAAGGCAGAGCGGGGAACAAUCAGAUGGUGGGAACGGCUGGGAAAUAUAUAUUUACCGCUAUAAUCGUCCCAUGGCUCUUUUCUCGUGUUAUGAAACCCCUGCGUGUGUAUGCUCGCACCUUCCUGGCUAGACACAUGAAGCGCGGCAUGCGUGAAAGCGGCAAAAAGUCUAUGAGAGUCCUCGUCUGCGGCACACUGCUCAAGCACCUAGAUACGCUGACAAGGAAGGAAACAUUAUUCGCAUUUUGGUUUGCCCUACUGGUAUUCUUGAAGAGCGUCAUGCCGCAUUUCAGAGUCGCCAUGAAGACUUUGAUGAAGAGGAUGAGAUAG